GCCAGAUAAGCAAGUAGGAAGUGAGUCAUGGCGAUGGCGCCAUUUUAGAGGAUUCAAGUAUUAGACUGCCUGGCGUACCCCCAACUUCAGACCAUCUGGGCCAUCUACACCACCUGUGCGUCACUUACGACAUGUCUUCUUCACGUCUCUUUACCGCGAUCGACGUCGCCAAGCGAAAUGAAUACAUCGAGGCCAAGCAUAUUGAGCGACAGGCAGAAGUUUGUCGCCAUCUUCACCCAUCCCAUGAUAUCCAGAUCCAACCGAUAGCCGGAGGAAUCACCAUCAAGACGCUUCCUGAGUUGGUGGGCAAGUUGAAUCGCACAGUCGGCCUUGGCAUGGACAGCGAGGUCGAGGAGCAAAAUUUGCGCGACAUUGAAGCCUUAAUCAAGCCCGUCGGGCUCGAUCACCAGAUCCACCUCUGUGCGCUGGCACGUCCCUCCGCUUUGCAAUCUCUCAGUUCGUGCGGGUAUGUCGUCAGGCAUGUCCUGAAUGUGUAUGCGUGUACCCCCGAUGAUGUGGUCUCGCAACAGGGUCGCACCGCAGGAGAGGCCGGCGUCACGAUCUCCCGGGUGGCUCAGCAGGAAACAGAAAAGUUCCUGCAGGCUUCAGUUGCGGGGUUCGCAGAUGGCGGUCGAUCAUCGGAUCUUCUUCGACUUCUUGCACGUCUUGCAGCAUGCAGAGACGAUACAUAUCUGUAUGUCGCGACGAUUAACAAGGAGAUUGUCGGCACUGCAGCCAUGGCCGUCAUCGACUCCCCCGACGGAAGUGUGGCCCAUCUGUAUUUGGACAGCACUCUUCCUGGAUAUCGGGGUAAAGGGGUGCAUGCAGCUCUCAUUCGGGCUCGCGUUCUUGAAGCACAUCAACUCGGCGUGGAUCUGGCCACGAUGACGACGAGUGCUGGCAGCGGCAGUGCGCGCAGUGCCGAGCGAGCAGGGUUUCGUCUUGCGUAUACGAAAGGCAUCUUCACGAAAAGAACUCCUUAGUGUGAUGUGCCCAAUUUCAACCGAGGCAACACCGUAACCCCUAAGCUGCACUCUUAAUUUUGUGACUCGAGCAGAGAGUGGUCCUUCAGCUUGACCGUGGUAAGGAAGGGGGAUUUGAAGGGCCGUUAAUGUUGAUUAGUGAAAAGAAGAUCUAGAAGAGACUGAUCGGUUAGCCAAUCGCAAUUUGAGAUCAAUUGAAAGCAUGCAUCGGGGCAAAGCUCCGACAUUUCUCUAGUUAUUGUGAAUC